AUGGCGGCAACGUCAGAAGCUAUGAACAAGUUCGAUGAAUCGAUGAAGAAACAAAUAGCAGUAAUUUUGAAGGUUGUGCUUUUGAAUAAAUCCCUAAAAGAGGAUAAUAUUCCAUGCGAAAUUGAUGAGGGUCUUUUUUUGGGUUCGAUUGGUUCUGCGGGGAACAAGGUUGCUUUGAAGAACGUUAAUGUUACACAUAUUUUGACUGUGGCUGGGAAACUUGCACCUGCUCAUCCUGGAGAUUUUGUUUAUAAAGUUAUAGAUGUUGCUGACAAAGAGGAUACCAACUUAAAACAAUACUUCAACGAGUGUUUUGAAUUUAUUGACGAAGCCAAAAAAAAGGGUGGACAUGUUUUGGUUCACUGUUAUGCUGGAAAAUCAAGGAGUGUGACUAUCAUUGUAGCAUAUCUGAUGAAAUCUCGUGGAAUGGGCUUAUCUGAAGCUCUGCAACAUGUUAAGAACAAAAGACCAAAAGCAGCUCCUAAUCGUGGUUUCAUUCGGCAACUGGAAGACUUUGAGAAAUCUCUUCAAGGUGAAAACUGCAAUAAUUAA